GUAAGAUAGUGGGGGAGGCUUAGGAAAAGGGAGAAAGGUGCAGCAUGCUGCUUCCUCCAUCCAACAAUAUGAUAUCAACAACACAGUCCCAGACAAAACAAAACUGAACCUCAGCACACCACACCACAAACAACAUUAACUAACCCAAAUCUCUCUCUCAAACCUCACCCUCUGCCUGUGGUGCAGAUCUCAAAGGGGAUCUCAGCUCAGGUUUUGAUUAGGGUUUUCUACGAUGGCCACGCCCUAUCCCCUUCUCCUCUCCCCUGCUCAGGUUGGGACUUACUUUGUGGGGCAGUACUACCAUGUUCUCGAGACCGACCCCGAGUUGGUGCAUCAGUUCUACUCUGACGCCAGCACCAUGCUACGCAUCGAUGGCAACGUCAGGGACACUGCCACUGCAAUGCUGGAAAUCCAUAAACUUGUUAUGUCACUCAGUUUUACGGGAAUUGAAAUCAAGACGGCACAAUCUCUGGGAUCUUGGGGUGGUGGAGUUCUUGUCAUGGUUUCUGGAUCUUUGCAACUUAAGGACUACGGUUUGAGGAGGAAGUUUAUGCAAACAUUUUUCCUUGCACCUCAAGACAAGGGAUACUUUGUGCUCAAUGAUAUUUUUCACUUUGUUGAAGAGGAGCUAGUUCAUCAUCACCAACCUGUCUUUUUAACUCAGAGCAAUCUUGAUUCAAAAUUGAAUGCUCCUACCACAAUUAAUAUACCAGUGUCCAACUACCUGUUGGGUGGAGAUAUGCAGGCAAGGGACAUUGUUGCUACGAAUGAGGUCAAAGAAAAUGGUGCAGUCGACAAUUAUGGAUUUCCACAACAACAAAUGCAACGAGUCCAUGAUUCUGAACAUAUUCAUGAGGAUGUUGUUUCUCAGGAGUCGCAUGGUUCACUUCAACCUAUAAUGAAUGCUGUGCAAGAUCAUGUACCUUCGGCUGAAGAACCUCCUGAGGAGCCCCAGAAGCAUACUUAUGCUUCUAUUUUACGGGUUGCUAAAGGACAAGUUACACCAUCCGUAUCUUCUCAGCCAUCUCAGAAGAAUGUGUCCUCUUUGGAGUGGGAUUGUGCUCCAUUGAUCAAUAGUCAGCAAACAACAUCGACUAAUGCAUUUGAAAGGUCUGAAGCUGAUGUAGUGGAGGAGGUUCCAACAACAGAAGAUGAAGGUUACUAUGAAAUCAAAUCUGUUUAUGUGAGAAACUUGUCUCCUGCUGUGUCUGCUUCUGAAAUUGAGGAGGAAUUCAAAAAUUUUGGCAGGAUCCGGCCUGAUGGUGUAGUCAUAAGAAGUCGCAAGGAUGUUGGAGUUUGCUAUGCAUUUGUUGAAUUUGAAGAUAUGAUGGGGGUUCACAAUGCAAUCAAGGCAGGAUCUGUUGAGGUAGCAGGAAGACCAGUAUACAUUGAAGAGCGGAGACCAAACAGUAACAUCCCUUCCCGAGGAGGAAGGAGGGGUAGAGGUAGGAUUAGCUAUCAAUCAGAGACACAAAGAGGGCGUUUUGGUUCAAGGAGCUUUGGCAGAGGAAGUGGCCAAGAUGGAGGUGAACGCGAGUUUAACAAACCCAAAGGAAACGGUUUCUAUAGACCAAGUACUCGUCAAGACAGGGGAUAUUCAGGGCAUCAAGUGCCAAGAUAUGGUCACAAUCAUGCUGAAUCAGCAUAAAAUUUUACCUAGAGAAUCAAAUUUUGAGGUCCAAUGUUUCAGCUUUACAUAAUCAGGUUCAGUAGAUGUUAAGAUCCAAAUAUUGAUAUUUUUUUAUGCCUUAAAUUAUGAUGUUCGGGGAAUAUGAUUGUUAUUUAUUGUUUUUUUAUUUAAGGGGCUUGUUUUUCAUUAGUUUGUUCAGCAAUUUUAUGUUUAGUUGGCAGUCGUUUUUCUCACCAUUGAAAAAUCUAGUUAUCUUCACCAUCACUUUAGAGUUUGAUUACAUGAUAUUGUAAAAAGUCAUAUAUUGAUUUCAGGCCUUUGUCAUUGUCUUCUCCACUGUAUUAUUUAAAUAGAUUCGGAGUGGUUUUAAUUGUU